AACAUGAAAAAUCACACACAGGUGACAGAGUUCAUCCUCCUGGGAUUGUCAGAUGAUCCAGAGCUUCAAAUGGUCAUUUUCUUCUUUCUGUUACUGGCCUACAUACUCAGCAUUGCUGGCAAUGUGACUAUCAUUAUCCUCACCCUGCUGGAUUCUCACCUCCAGACCCCAAUGUAUUUCUUCCUCCGAAAUUUCUCAAUCUUAGAAAUUUCAUUCACAACUGCCAGUGUUCCCAAAUUCUUGGGCACCAUUAUCACCGAGGACAAGACCAUUUCCUAUAAUGGCUGUAUGGUUCAGUUGUUUUUUAUCAUUCUCUUUGGAGCAACUGAAUUUUACCUUCUAGCAGCCAUGUCCUAUGACCGCUAUGUGGCCAUCUGCAAACCCCUGCAUUACAUGACCAUCAUGAGCCCCAGAGUCUGCACAAUGCUUGUGUUCUGCUCAUGGUUCAUGGCAUUCAUGAUUAUCUUCCCAGCAAUCAUUCUGAUGCAAGAGCUUGACUACUGUGCUGAUGUAAUCGACCAUUUCAUCUGUGACUAUUCUCCCCUCCUACAGCUUUCUUGUACAGAUACACAAUUCUUAGAAACAAUGGGAAUUUCUUGGGCUAUAAUAAUUCUUAUGUUAACACUGACAUUAAUAAUUCACUCCUACAUUUACAUCAUCCAGACAAUUCUGCGUUUUCCCUCUGUCAGUCAGAGAAAAAAGGCCUUUUCCACUUGUUCUUCUCAUAUGAUUGUCAUCUCCAUUUCUUAUGGCAGCUGCAUCUUCAUGUACAUCAAACCUUCAGCAAAGGAGAGAGCAUCUUUGAGCAAGGGAGUAGCUGUGCUUAAUACAUCAGUAGCCCCCAUGUUGAAUCCCUUCAUUUACAGCCUAAGGAAUCAGCAAGUGAAACAGGCUUUCAUGGACAUGAUCUGCAAGAUUGUAUUUUCUUUAAACAAAAGAAAGAAUUAA